GAGGUAAAAUUCCAUGAAAAUAAAUUGUUUGACCUUACUUCCUUUCGAUAUGUUAUUACCGGUUACUGUUAUUGUUAUUAUUGCCACAGGUUAUAUGAUGUAUGGUAUGGAGCGUGUGAAAGUUGAUUGCUUUUGUGUGUCGUUGUGGUUAUUAGAAGAGUUUGUUUUCUGUGAGCCGGCUGUUGCUGGUCAAAGUCUACGGAAGGAAGCUUUGAUUGGUGAACGUUUCUGUCUGGAAAUGGUCUCAAGUCAGCAAUUCAAAGUCAUUGCAAAGGAAGAAAUGCUUUGUCUAUGUUAGCAUUGGCCGUCGGGUUCGUUUAGUCAAGAUCAUCAUGAAAAUUACGUUAUUGUAUUUUUACGAGAACUCAGUCAUGUCAGCAUAUUCCACUUCAGCCGCAGUCCUGCUGCUAGCCUGCUACUCCAUUUCGGAGUGGGAUCUGCUAUUCCAUUGAUGAUGCAAUUUAAAUCUUCAUUAAGAAAUUGUGGCUAGUUGAACUUUGGAUAGUGAUUCUAGUCCUGUUUAAGGCUUUGUCUGGAAACACGUGUAUUAGUUCUGUAAAAAGUCUUCUGGUCCAUUCCGUUGUUUAAUGUUUUGGGGCUAGUAACCAGUAACCAUUGCUUGAGAGUUGAGACUUUGUCUUAUUGAGGAUAAUGAUGGAGAAGAUUAGAAUAUGAUCAUACAGCAAAUAUAAAUAAAGGAAAUGGAGGAAAUGAGGAAUUGUUAUGACAGCUUGCUUUCAGCUGCAGCUGCAACAACAAACAGUGUAUAUGAGUUUGCAGAAGCUAUGGAGGAAAUGGGAACUUGCUUACUUGAGAAAACUGCAUUGAAUUAUGAUGAUGAUGACAAUGGUAGAGUGCUGAUGAUGCUAGGAAAGGCCCAAUUUGAACUGCAGAAGUUUGUCGAUAGCUAUCGUACGAAUAUCAUAAGCACCAUCACGAACCCAUCAGAGUCACUUCUCAAAGAGUUACAAGUCGUAGAGGAAAUGAAGGAACUCUGUGAUCAUAAAAGACAGGAAUAUGAAUCCAUGCGGGCAGCCUAUAGAGAGAAAGGACGGGCAAGACAUUCCAAAACCGAAGCAUUAUCCUCGGAACAACUGCAAGCUUAUUUUCUUGAGUACCAAGAGGAUUCAGCUUUGUUUAUAUUUCGCUUGAAAUCAUUGAAGCAAGGUCAAUUCCGUAGUAUUUUAACACAGGCUGCUCGCCAUCAUUCUGCUCAGUUGAGUUUUUUCAGGCGAGGGUUGAAAUAUCUAGAGGCUCUGGAACCUCAUGUAAAAGCAGUUGCUGAGGAACAGCACAUUGACUACCCCUUAAAUGGACUAGAUGAUGACACUGAUAAUGAUGAGUGCAGCUCUUACCAGGGCAAUCAAAGUGAUGACAGUGAGUUAAGUUUUGACUAUGAGAUAAACAACAGGGUUAAGGAGUUUCCUGCUUCCAGAAGUUCAAUGGAUUUGGAUCAGGCAUGUUCCCCAGAACGUCUAAAGGAACAAAAACAGGAACAUGUCGAACAAAUAAAUACCGAUUUUGCAGCUCCUCGACUGAAGCAGGAGAUUGGCACCCAAUCAGCACCAAUUUCUGCUGACAAUGUGUUCGAUCCAUCUACAAGGUUUUGGAAAAUGAAUCUGCCAAACAGAACAAAUUAUUCGUACAAGCUCCCGACACCAGCUGAUGACAAGGACUCCACUUCAGCACACACCCAUAGGUCCCCUCAUUCAGAUCAACCAGAAAGUAAAUCUCAUGUGGCAGAAAAUUUAUGGCAUUCCUCCCCAUUGAUCAAAGGUUUUAAGCCAAACUCCAUGUCCAGUGGACCUGUUAAGAUGCCAUCAAGUACUGAAGGGAUAUCAUCACCACUAGUUUAUCCCUACGCUACUUCAGAUUUUAAGAAAAUGAAGAGGGAAGCGUUUUCUGGUCCAAUCCCAAGCAAAGCAGGAUUAAACAAGCCCUCGUUUUCUGCUACUGAUCUCAGGUCAUCAAUGAACUAUCCUCGUGCGAUGUCAACAAAAUCAUAUGGGCCAGUCUGGCAGUCUGUGGCUCCAAAAGUUACCCCUAGGAUCACUUCACUCCCAACAACAUCACCCAGAAUAAGUGAGCUACAUGAACUGCCAAGGCCUCCAGCAAAUGUAGGUACUGCCCGUCCUGGUUUGGUUGGAUAUUCUGGUCCUCUGGUAUCAAGGCGGCAGGUGCCCAAUGUACCAACCCGAGCCUCACCACCAUCGCAAACAGCAUCACCACUUCCACGACCACCUGCUGCCAUGACACGCAGUUAUUCUAUACCUUCAAAUAGCCAAAGAACACCCAUUCUUACCGUGAAUAAGUUGUUGGAAGCUAGGCAUAGCAGAGAAAGUAGCGAAGUUUCCUCUCCCCCACUAACACCUAUAUCUUUGGCUGAUGUUUCCCGCAGGCCAACAGCAGAAAAAGUUGUUGAAAACACAAGGAUAAAAGAAACCAUGUGAACACUUGCACAGCCAAAUCUUCAGUGGCCAUAGGCAAUUUUGUAUGUAAUUAUUUGUGCAUUCUAGAUUUCUCUCUGUAAUUCUAUGUUUUCUUAUGAAGGAAAAAAGUUGAAAUAAAGGUGCAACUGGUUGGAAGCUUUUUUGUUUCUUUGGCUGGCUUAUCUGACCAACUUAUGGAUUUAGUCUAUCUGACUAUUAGUUUACCGUCACUCAUUAAUCAAUAUUCUCAUCUUUUGGACUGCUGAUCUGAACUAUAUCGGCACUGUAAAUGUACCUUUACCAUUUUCAUUGUUUGAAGAAGAAACCAUUUGUUUUUCCCUAUGUAUUUUGAGGACAAAAAGAGCAAUGUCGAAAUUGUAUAUAUUGAGUUUGAGCUGUGCUAAUAUAUGUGUAAAAUUCUCUGAUCUAAUUGCGCUCCUAAAAAGUGGAGCAUAAUGUU